AUGGGUAUCGUCUCAAGCACGGCCGGACGCCGGGACGGAAACAACGGCAAGGACAGAAACCAGCAGACUCAACGGGAUGGUGAUCAGGGGAAUCCAAAUGCCGUCGGCCACUCGCAAACGCUCUGGAUCCUAAUAUUCCGGGGUUAUCCUCGCGAUAUCCAGUCUACCCGAGUCACCGAGCUGUGUAUAGUCUUCGACGAUAACGAGAAUAAAAACCUCACCAUCCGAAUCCAGGGCAGCUACCCUCACUAUAGUGUGAAUGAAGUAUGGAACCAAGCUCACCCGCGAACGAGGCCGCAUUUCUAUCGGCGACUUGCAGUUGCGACAGUUGAGACUAGUUCGGAGCCCGAUACGCGGCUACGCGACGCAAUUCUUGGGACUCACGUGAACAAUACCGAGCUGGAUUGGAACUGCCAGAGCUGGGUUGGAGACGUUUUGACGACGCUUCAAGACGCAAAACUUAUUACCGAGGAAGAAGGCGAUAAUGCGUUGAACGGAAUGGUCAACUAUAUCGCUCGGGCGCCGUGGGAAUAG